GCAGCCCAACUGGUCCCCGCCCGUAGGGUAGGAAGCAGCCGGGCGCCGGGGCUGUUGGGGGCGCCAAGGAAGAACCGAGGUUGGGAUCGACUCCUCUGGCCAUGCUAGCGGCUACCUGUAACAAGAUCGGCAGCCCCAGCCCGUCUCCCUCCUCCCUGUCGGACAGCUCCUCUUCCUUCGGCAAGGGCUUCCACCCCUGGAAACGCUCCUCCUCGUCCGCCGCCGGCAGCUGCAAUGUAGUGGGUUCCAGCCUCUCCGGCUUCGGCGUGUCGGGGGCCUCCCGGAGCGGCGGCUCGUCCUCGGCGGCCGCGGCGGCGGCGGCGGCGGCGGCGGCGGCCGCGGCCCUGGUGUCCGACUCGUUCAGCUGCGGCGGCUCGCCGGGCUCCAGCGCCUUCUCCCUGACCUCCAGCAGCGCCGCCGCCGCCGCCGCCGCCGCCGCGGCCGCCGCCUCCACCUCGCCCUUCGCCAACGACUACUCGGUGUUCCAGGCCCCCGGCGUCUCCGGGGCCAGCGGCGGGGGCGGCGGAGGCGGCGGCGGCGGCGGCGGCUCCUCGGCGCACUCGCAGGACGGCUCCCACCAGCCCGUGUUCAUCUCCAAGGUGCACACCUCGGUGGACGGGCUGCAGGGCAUCUACCCGCGCGUGGGCAUGGCGCACCCGUACGAGUCGUGGUUCAAGCCCUCGCACCCGGGCCUGGGCGCCGCCGGCGACGUGGGCUCGGCCGGCGCCUCCAGCUGGUGGGACGUGGGCGCGGGCUGGAUCGACGUGCAGAACCCGAACGGCGCGGCGGCGUUGCCGGGCUCGCUGCACCCGGCCGCCGGGGGGCUCCAGACCUCGCUGCACUCGCCCCUCGGAGGCUACAACUCGGAUUACUCGGGCCUGGGCCACUCCGCCUUCAGCAGCGGCGCCUCCUCGCACCUGCUCAGCCCCGCCGGGCAGCACCUCAUGGACGGCUUCAAGCCGGUGCUGCCCGGCUCCUACCCGGACUCGGCCCCGUCGCCGCUGGCCGGUGCGGGGGGCUCCAUGCUGAGCGCGGGGCCGUCGGCGCCGCUGGGGGGCUCCCCCCGCUCCUCCGCCCGCCGCUACUCGGGCCGCGCCACCUGCGACUGCCCCAACUGCCAGGAGGCGGAGCGGCUGGGCCCGGCGGGGGCGAGCCUGCGGCGCAAGGGCCUGCACAGCUGCCACAUCCCCGGCUGCGGCAAGGUGUACGGCAAGACGUCGCACCUCAAGGCGCACCUGCGCUGGCACACGGGCGAGCGGCCCUUCGUGUGCAACUGGCUCUUCUGCGGCAAGCGCUUCACGCGCUCCGACGAGCUGCAGCGGCACCUGCGGACCCACACGGGCGAGAAGCGCUUCGCCUGUCCCGUCUGCAACAAGCGCUUCAUGCGCAGCGACCACCUCAGCAAGCACGUGAAGACGCACAGCGGCGGCGGCGGCGGCUCCGCGGGCUCGGGCAGCGGCGGCAAGAAGGGCAGCGACACCGACAGCGAGCACAGCGCCGCGGGCAGCCCGCCCUGCCACUCCCCGGAGCUGCUGCCGCCCCCCGAGCCCGGGCACCGCAACGGCCUGGAGUGACGCGCGCCCCGCGCCCGUCCCUCCCCCCUUGACCUCCCCCCACCCCGCUCCGCCUGGUCCCCGUCUGUCCUGGCCUCCGCUCCAGCCUCUCUGCCCCCCCCUAUUCUAACUCCCUCUGGGACUUAACUCUGUAAAGGGGAUGCGGACAUGGAAGUCGCACGCAGGGCCGUCCGGGGCCCCGGCUCUCCCUCUCCACCCGGGGACACCGUCGGAGCUCCGCACCGCCGGCACCCGCGCCUCGCCGGGCCUUCCUCCUCGCCCUCCCUCUGUCCCCCGCCCUCCGUCCCAUUGUGUGAAGGGCCUUCCGGAGGGAAGCGGCCCUGGAUGUGGAGCUGAACGAUUCCAGGGCCUUGGGGGACAGGCCUGCGCCGGGGUUAGCAGCAAUUCGGUGGAACCAGGUUGGGCUUCGGCCGGGGAGGGCGAGGCGGGAGGCCCGCGUGGGGCAUCCCCGCCGGGGCCGCCGCCCGCCCUGCGCCGCGCGGCGGGAGCGCUGGGCGGGGGCCCUGCUGUCCGCACGGAGAGGCGGCGUUUGCGGAGUUUAGCUGCCCCGACUUCAGCUCGGCCCCUCGUUCUUUGUUCCCUGAGGUGGGACCCAUGCAAGUUUCAACCAAGGGCCGUCUUGGCGAAUCGCUGCAGCAGCCUUCUGUCAUCUCUAUAACAUUUUUUUAAACUAAAAACCUAAAGGGGGGGAAAAAAAGGCAUCCCUUCACUUGGUUUCCCAUCUAGAUAGCUUUUCCUCUAGCAGUGAGCAAGUCUUUCUUUCUCUCAAAACUGCUAAUAUUGAUCCCAAAGUUAUUUUGGUCGAAUUAAUUUAACUUAUGGGGUGGGGGUGGGGUGAGGGUAGGUGUCUUUCUUAUGCAAAAAUACCCCUUUCCGGUGAGAACAGAUUCGCUAUCUCCGUGUUUGUCCUUUUCUACCUCGUUUUUCAUCACCCCGGAGCCUAAUCUCCGCCCCCCCCCCCUUUUUUUUGCUAGUCCAGACAUCAAUUUGUAUAGUACCCAUAUCUGUAAAUUCUUGCAAUCCAUUGAAGAUUAUUAGGGUGAAACUUUUUUUGGUGUGAUUUAAACGUAUAAACAAGUGAAGAAGCUAUCGUUUAUAUCAGGCGAGGCUGUGGUUUAAAUUUAAAUGCCAAAAGAGGGAAAGUAGGGGGAGGGGAAACACCUUUGUAAAAUAUAUCUGAACCUAAUGGUUUGUACCGCUGGAGAAUCGUUCUAGAUUAGUUACCAGUUAACUAUAGCUCCACCGGUGUAUGGGUGCGAGGGGCAGCUGUCCAGGAGACGAUUUUGUAUAGUAUUUUUCUUGUACAUUACUUCCAGUAAAUAUUUGAAAAUAUAUCGAAGUAAACUUGAUUUUUUUGGUUACGAGAAAAUAUUAAGAGUUAUUGUGGCAGUUGUGAAGACUGCAGGCUUUUUGAACUCACUCCUGGAGGUGCAGGGCCACAGACGCACUUUCAGGGCCUCGUGUUGCUCGAAUAUUAAUUUAGGUAGCUCUCGAACUGUAAUUAAGACAAUAUUUGAUAAAUGUGGGGUGACAUUUAAUUUAAUGGAGCAUGUACUUAUUUGCAUUUGCUGGCAGUUCAGGUAUAGUUAAAGUGAGAGUUCUCCUCUAUUUCAUCACUGGGUUUGCCAAAACCCAUGUAUUAAAUAAAUUGUCCAAGUGAAACUCAA